UUGUUGUUCUCUCUUUAAAUCCCAGAUGCCCCCCUCUAAUGGACAUUACCUUGCAUAUGUUAAAUGGGUACCUACUGGCCUCCAAAGCCUAUCUGAAUGCUCACCUGAAGGAAACUGCAGACCAUGACAGCAAGCAAUCCCAGACCAUUUCCAACCUGGGUCUGAGCGGGCAAAGCGAGGCUCCAGAGGUGACUCGAGAGGAACUCAAGAACGCCUUGCUGGCUGCCCAGGACAGUGCAGCUGUACAGAUCUUGUUAGAAAUAUGUUUACCCACUGAAGAGGAGAAAGGCCAGGAUAUCACCACUGAGUCUCUGCUUCAGAGCAUUCAGCACCCUGCUUUGAAACAGGAGGACCCAGAUAGCUGCCAUGUGGGAGGAUCGGCGGAGAAGGAGGGCAGCUUGCUCAGCAACCUCCGAGAAGUCCAGUGUCUCAUCUGCUGUCUGCUGCACCAGAUGUUCAUCGAUGACCCUAACAUCGCUAAGCUUGUUCACUUCCAGGGAUACCCUCCAGAUCUUCUGCCCUUGACUGUGGCUGGCAUCCCGUCUAUGCACAUCUGCCUGGAUUUCAUUCCUGAACUCUUGGCACAACCGCAACUUGAGAA